UAAAGUAUUUGUUUAAGAUACAUAUAAAUACAUGCAUCGAGCGCACUAAAUUCGCAUAUUCAGUACGACGCUGUAAAGGAGGGAAAUCAGCACGUCGACCAGUGGCUGAGCGUCGUCUAUAACCAGAAAACAUACGAAAUACUUAGUCAACAUACUGUGUUAUUCAUAUUCAAUCAAUUACUCCCUUACUGUGUACUGUGUUAAAUUUAUUACCUACUAGGCAAUCAUGAACCUGUCCGUGAUCAUGUGCAUAAUGACGACCCUCUUGGGUCCAGCCUUGGGAGAAGUAAUGAUAUGCUAUUUCGGAAGCUGGGCUACGUAUCGUCCUGGAAGAGGCAACUUCCAAGUGUCCAACAUCGAUCCCAGUUUAUGCACGCAUUAUAUUUAUGCAUUUAUCGGUGCCGCGGCAAACGGAGAUAUCUUCUCCCUGGAUCCGUGGAAUGAUUUACCUGACAAUGGUGGAAAGAAUAAUAUCGGGAAAUUUGUCGCUCUGAAAAAUACGAAAACAGCACCCAAAGUACUCGCUGGCAUCGGUGGAUGGAAUGCAGCUAGUACGAACUUCACUAUUAUCGUGAACAAUAGACAUUAUCGAGAGAAAUUUGUUAAAAACCUCAUUACUUUUCUGGAAAAGUAUAAUUUUGAUGGAUUGGAUGUGGCUUGGGAUUAUCCCGCUCAAAAUGGAGGAAGGCCUGCCGACAGGAAAACGUUCAUCGUAUUUGCGAAUGAAGUGAAGGCGGCAUUUGUGAAGAAAGGACUCCUCGUAACUGUAGCAGUUGGAGCUGCCGAAGAUCUUGCAAUUCCAUCUUACGAAAUUGCAGCACUAUCCAAAGCCGUGGAUUACAUUAAUGUCAUGACAUUUGACAUGGUUGGUGCAACUUUCUCGACCAUUGUAGGACAUCACGCACCACUGGCUCCUGCCAGUUAUCAAGCAAACAGUUCUAGAUUAAUGCAUAACAAUGUAAAAUCGUCUCUCAGUUUCUGGAUGAAGAGAGGUGCUCCUGCUUCAAAAUUGGUACUUGGAUUGCCUCUUUAUGGAAGAACGUUCACAUUGGCCCAUGUUACAUUGACUACACCCGGAAGUCCGUCAGCUGGUCCAGGACAUCCCGGCCCCUACACGCGUGAAGCUGGUAGCAUGGGUUUUAAUGAGUUGUGCAACAAACAAAAAGGUGGAAACUGGACUACUGUCUGGUAUAAGGAACAGUCAGUGCCUUAUGCUUUCAGAGGAUCCCAGUGGGUAGGAUUCGAUAAUACAAGAAGUUUAACGACAAAAAUAAAUUACGCUAAGAAGCUUGGACUCGCUGGCAUAAUGUUCUGGAGCAUAGAAACUGAUGAUUUCACGGGAAAUUGUGGCCACGGCCGUUAUCCGCUUCUUAGGGCUUCUAAGAAAGCACUCAAUUCUAUUACGACUUCAGAAGGAGAUGAAGAUGAUGGACAAGAUUAAAAUAUUCUAUAGAACUUUGUAAUCCAUUAUCGAGGUGAAUUGUGGGAAAUAAAUUGGGCAUUAUAAUA